UUGUCCUCUCCUACAUUCCCCUGUCCUCCUGCUCGCCUCGCGCUGCUUCGGUUGAGUGGGGCAGCCGCCGCAGCGCUGUAAAUGUCCUCACCCUCGAAAGCGACAGAGGGCGGAAUAAGGAGUACUCAGUACUUGAGGAACAAACAAGUAGCCCUUCAAAGCAGGAAAUCAGAGUGGGCACCCAGUCUGGAAAAGAAAAAAAAUACCACUGUUCGCCCCGCCCACAGCGCACUUUUGCCGCCUGAGGAACCUGACUGCCUGACUGGGCCUGCCAGCAACAGCAGGUUUAGUGGAGACAUACCUGUACUGUGCGAUGGCUCUGUUGACUUUGCACAGGCUCCCAUCCAUCUCCAGCGCUUCAGAUGAAAGCCUCCAGAGAAGAGGGAUACUUCAGAAAAGGGAGAGCUUUGCCCUCGUGAAGGGGGCGGUCGUUCUGCUGGAAGAUGGCGAGACGGGGGGCCUUGAUGAGAACGAUCCCAUUCCAGCUUCUCCUGUAAAGGAAAGCGGUAGAGCAUCAGACAAACAGCACAGGCAGCUUCAUGCCAUGAUUGAACUGCUCAGACCAGAAGAUACCAUCAAGCUGGCGGUGCAGUUGGAGUCCACCAGCUCGGUCAGAGUCAGGUAUCUGAUUGUUGUCUCCACCCUCGGCAACAAACAAGAGAGCAUCCUGCUGGGCAUGGAUUUCCCCAACGCAAACAGUGAUCAGUGCACCAUCGGCCUGGUUCUGCCAAUAUGGAGCGACACACAAGUGUAUCUAGACGGAGAUGGUGGUUUUAGCGUGACCUCAGCUGAAGAGACCAGAAUUUUUAAGCCUGUUUCCAUGCAGACCAUGUGGUCAGUGCUGCAGGUGUUGCAUGGCUGCUGUGAGCGGGCGGUCAAGGAAGUGGUGAUCCCAGGCAAUGGCCUGGAGUGGGCCCAGCACUACUACCAGCACAUUGAGUCAGACCGCUUCUGCCUUAACGAGUGGGAGGCCAUGAACGACCUGGAGUCAGUCCGCAGGGACAGUAAUGGGCAGAGCUCGGCAGACAGAAUUUCCAACGAGGGGCUGAUCAAAGAGCACCUGAGAGACAUCAUGAGGACAGAAGACCUGGACAACCUCACGUCUAAAAUGGUGCACUCUGCUCUGGAGACCAGGAUAGGCUUCGACAUGAGACCCUUUAAGGAGUACAUUGACAACGAGAUCCUGGUCACCAUGGCUCAGAUGGACAAACCCUCCAAAAUAUUUGACUACCUUUACCUGGGCUCUGAGUGGAACGCAGCUAACUUUGAGGAGCUGCAGAAAAACAAUGUGGGCUAUAUCCUGAAUGUGACGAGGGAGAUUGACAACUUUUUCCCAGAGUCCUUCACUUAUAUGAACAUCAGAGUGUACGAUGUGGAAGCCACCGACCUGCUCCCUCACUGGACAGACACAUACAACUUCAUCAACACUGCAAGGAAGAGUGGACAGGCGGUGUUGGUGCACUGUAAGAUGGGCGUUUCUCGCUCUGCGUCCACAGUGAUCGCCUACGCCAUGAAGCAGCAGCACUGGCCACUGGAUGUGGCGUUGGCCUACGUUAGGGAUCGCCGGUCCAUCAUCAAGCCCAACGAGGGCUUCAUGAAGCAGCUCCAGACCUACAACGGCAUCCUCAAUGCAAGCCAGCAGCGUCACAGCGCCCUCUGGAGGCGAAAGUCGAGAGACCAAAGACAAAAGUCAAUACGCAAAGAGGAGGGACGGGAGGAAGGAAAGCCAGAAGAGGAAGAGGAGGACUCUGAGGAACUUGAUGACGAGCUGGAUGAUUAUGAAGAUGGAGAGAAUCCAGAUGAAAAAGAUUAUCCAGAGGAACACACUGAGGUGUUUGAGGAGCCCUCCCCCUGGUCUGAUACCAACCAGGGACCCGAGCAGACGGGACCACCAGACGUCAAUCCUGUUAUCACAUUAAAUGAACCAGACAAGGUCGCUUCAAGUGUUAAUCGCAGUGGCAGGAUGAACCUCUUCUCCCUCAUGCAGUCCAUUAGUGAACUAGAUGAUGCGGAUAAAGGACAGCUGCCUGGCAGUCCGAGGCGGUCUCCAGGGCAGCGGAGGCGUAGCCAUGGGCGACGGGGUCUGAUUCACCAGAGAGCAUGUGUGGAUGUUUCACCUGAACCUCGAAGCCUGCAGGACGCCGGUCAAAGCAAACCCUAAAGCGAUUCAAGAGAUGGAAGAGCAGGGAGUUACAGGAGGGAGGGGGGCCUAUAAAGGAAGUAAUAGAUGGUGGAGGAAAAGGUCCUAAAGGAGACAACACCUAAAAGAAAGUGUGCUCCGGUAACAUGCCAAGGUUUUUAUUCACUGAUACGCUCUGGCUUUAUAUUUUAGAUUAUUUAGAUGAGGAAAGUUUUAAUUUAUGUUUAGCAGGUCUUUCAUUGCAUAUCUCAUAAUUAUUAUAACUGAUGGUAGCUGUUGAUAAAAGGAUCUUGCUGCAGUAUUGCUAUUAUCAGUGUUGUAUUAUUCUGUUUUUUUAGUGUUUUUAGAACAUAUCGUACCACAUACAGACGUUCCAGUCUUUCCCUCCAUGUAGCGUCUUCCCUUGUUCCCUCUUCAGCUCUCGCAUCACCACUCCAGAGAUGAUAUCUAUGCAAUUAGUUCUCUUUUACUUUUCCUCUGUAAAUAUGAGGCUGUAUGCUGCCAAUCCAAGGUUUUAAAUGUUUUAUGUUCUCUCUCAUCAGAAGUCUUUUGUUGUCCACAGAUGGGAGGAUUUCACUGUAUCAUGGACCAAGUCAGGGCGUUUUAUGGCACAAGCAUGUUUGCCAAACAAUGUAUUUCAAUGUGCCAAUUAAUAUAUUUAAUUGAAAAUCUUUAUGAUGGCAGUAUGUUAAGAACCAACGUCACCCAUUUUAUUUUUAUUCCCUCUAUUUAAACACCACGGCUGUAUGAGUGCCUUCAACCUGAGAAUGAAAUACGACUCUAUGACUGGUGUUUGUAAUGUUUUUACUACGAUGUGGUGGCUGCAAAUUGUCUGUAUCUUGUACAGUUUCUCACUUGGUUUGAUUGCAGUAUAAAUGUGACUUCCCAAGGUUUUGCAUAUAUAUAUAUAUAUAUAAAAAAAACAUAUAAUUGCUGAUGACCUGGGUGCAUGUUAUGUUUUAUACAGACAUGUGAGAGCAAAUUGUUAAGGGUUUUCUCAUGUAUUUAUAUUGACAUUUAAUGGAUCGAAGUAAAUUAUUCAAUAUACUGUUCAGACUUUGAUCACUAGAUGCUGAUGUGGAAUAUUCUAAUUUCAUGCUGGUGUUACUUUUUAUCCAGUGAACCCAAGCUAAAGCUUACUUCAUUUAACAUGCAUGCUGACCGUUAAAGAAAACAUGCACUUUAUAAUCCCACAACACACACUGUUCCCACUUCCUGAGCCAACAUCACGCUGUAUUAGGAUUCAGAUGAUUUUUUAAAAUCUUGUCCACAUGUCUAAGCCUGUCUGCACCUCUCGUUUGUUUACAGCAAGCACUAUGAGUGAAAAAUAAAUGAUUAUACUCAAA